AUGAUCGAACCACAGCAGCGUCUCUGGGUAGGAUCGGGGAGUUUGGUCCCUGGCGCGUAUGGGCCGUUCACCUGGUUUAUCACGGAUUUCGACCAGAGAAGACAUUUCUCCAUCACGUAUGCUCCCAAAGUUCCUGUGGAAAACCGGGAAGAAACCGAGGACAUCUGCAUAGCGGAGCUCAAAAAGCAUCUCGAUAAUCUUGGCGACGGUGUCUUUGGAUUCCGGUUCUCUGAGCCAGACGGCCCCAUCACGACAUCUACAGACCUAAAAGACGACGCGACAAUUUAUGUCAAUGACCCAGCCUUGUCAUCCUUGGGCCUUUCUUUCCCCGUCAAGACUAUAUACCUAGGAAGUCUGACCGAGCUGGACCGACUAGCGCCACUGGUUGAUAAGGUGUUGUAUCAUGACACGCAUGGUGCCACAACAACCGCCGCCUUCAAGUACUGGUUCAUGGCGAAUGGCAUGUCCCGGGUUUGGUACGAGCUCAACGACUGGUGUCGACUGCCUCGUGACCAUCCACACAUUGUCCCAUUCGACUCGGUCGUGCUCAGCGACGUGACUGGGCGCAUUGUUGGUUUUACAAGCCGCUUCGUCUCGGGGGGCACACUGCAUGAAAAUAACGCCACGACCCGUCCAUUCCGCCUUGGUUGGUUUCGCCAGCUCCUCUCUGUAGUAGAUGGCUUGAAUUACAAGUACGGAGUCAUGCACCAAGACAUAGCAGCACGGAACCUGAUCAUCAAUGAAGACGACAAUCUGCAAAUAUUCGACUUUAACUACGCCAUAUCAAUUGCAGAGUACUACACCCCUGAACGCGAUGAUGUAAAGGGCGUCAUUUUCACCUUGUACGAAAUCAUUACUCUAGACGAGCAUUUCCGAGACGUUCCGCACAAGGACCAGGACGCCGAGGCGUUACUGCAGAUGGAGUGGUCAAAACACCCCGACGUAAAACUUGAUAGCAACAUACAAGCAUUCCGGGACGUCUUAAACGAUUGGGUCAGCCGCCGGAAGCAAAGGCGCUUCGAACCAAGGGAUACAUGGCUCAGCUGGCCACAUUUAUCUGAGUGGCCUCUGGCGCCGAGGGCACUCUACGGGCCCGAUGGGGAAGUGACGGGGAAAGAGAUGCGCCCUACUGCUGCCUUGUCCCGGAGAGAGCUGGUUAGCAUGGGAGAGGCGUUUUGGAACUGGGAGAGGCCGGCGAGCUAUCGACUGGCGGGGGCGCUGUCACGAGGAGAUUCGGAUGGCAACCUCUCGGAUGGUGCGGAGACGAAGGCGAGUGGGAUAGGCUGUGCUUCUGUCGACACGUGCGCGGUUCCAUGA